CAGUUUCUUUCCUCCUUCAGUCCCCUCCUCGGAAAUAGACGCAUCUGUCUUUUCCGUUCGUUUUAUUUUUAAUAUCAAUUUGGAAGGAUCCCUUCUUUUCUUCCCUCCAAAUAAGACGAAAUGGAGACCAGGAUGGACGAGUAAAAUAGACAUACCGGCCCGCAACACCCCUUUAUUUUACUUCUGUUUAAUGGACCGGAUGAUUUCCAAGUCGGACUGUGGAUCUCACAGCUUUGCAGGGGAGGUAGCUGUAUCCAGUGUGGAGGUAGGCACAUCCAGGGGUAGCGAUGAAGUUUGCAGAACCCUUGGAGAGCCAGAGGCUGUCUUUUCUUUUGGAAAAGGCAGCUUCUAGGGAAGCCAUAAUGUGGAAGGCCCGUAUGCCAAAGAAGCCCUCCACUCAGGAUACAGAUAUCUCUCCUGGCCAGCGAGAUGAGGCGGUGCGCUGGCUCACUGACCUGCACAGCAAACUUAAGCUCUAUCCAGAGACCCUCUGCCUUGCCAUCAGUAUACUGGACCGCUUUUUGGCAGCCAUCAAGGCCCGCCCAAAGUAUCUGCCUUGUAUUGCCAUCACUUGCUUCUUCCUGGCUGCAAAGACCAAUGAAGAGGAUGAGCGGAUCCCGUCUCUGAGUGACCUGGCUGACUCCAGUAGCUGUGGCUGUUCUCCCUCGGAGAUCCUGCGGAUGGAGAGGAUCAUUCUGGAUAAGCUGAACUGGGAUCUGCACACAGCCACACCGCUGGACUUUCUUCACAUUUUCCAUGCGAUGGUGCUGUCGUGCAAAUCCCCGUCGCUGGCAGGUCUGCUGGGCCCGAGCGCGUCCCAGCACCUGGCCCUGCUGACGCAGCAGCUGCUGCGCUGCCUGGCAGACCACCGGCUGCUGCAGACGCAGGGCUCCAUGCUGGCCCUGGGCCUCCUCACGCUGGAGCUGGAGAGGCGCUGUCCUGACUGGCUGGGCCUCACCAUCGACCUGCUCCGCAAGGCACAGAUUGACAGCACCCAGUUGAUCUGCUGCCGAGAGCAGGUGGCACGUAGCCUGUCCAGACAUCAGGCUUCCCUGCCUCCCAACACUGUGUUCAUCUACCAGCCCCUGCACCAGAGCCUGGAGCCCUGUGCCAGGGGAGCCCAGCCCCGCUGGCACCCCUCGGCCCUACCACCGCUGGCACAGGCCCAGGCUCGGCUCCCCCAGCCCGGCCCGACCUCCGCCUCCACCCCCACCCUGGCCCUGCUCUCCCCUCCCAACCUGCGCCUGCGCCCCACCGUGCGGCUCCGCUGCAAGCCCUCGGCCAAGCGCAAGGUGGAGCAGAUGGAGGUGGACGAGUUCUUUGACGGCAUCAAGCGUCUGUACAACGAGGAGGCACCGGCGGCGGUGGAGGGCGCGGGCGGAGGGGAGGUGGCGGCGCGUGGCUGCAGCUCCCUGUCGGCCCCACGGCAGGAGGGCAGCUCCUCGCCCUGCCCCCCUCUGCAGCCCGUCAGUGUCCCCUAGCGUGCAGCGCAGUCCCCCACCACCAACUCCUGCCCAAAGAAAGGCCUCGUGUCCUUCAGAUCGCUCUCUUUCUCUGUGUGCCACAUAUGAGAAGCAAUGUGGGGUGGAGGAAAAUGAAAAUACCGCAGUUACUGGCAUAGUCUGAUCCCCAGAGCAGAGCCCUAAAAACAUACAAAAAAAGUUUCAAGUACAUAUGCUGCUAUCUCAUAAGCAUUUGUGGAGCACAAGCAAAAAAAAAUCAAAUAAUUAAAAGCGAUAAAAAAAUCAUAAAUUAUAGAAAAAUCCCCAUGACCAAAAAAAGUAGUACUUUUCCCAGAACUUUUUGUAAUACUGACUUGCGUAUGUCUAACUACAAUGUCAUCAUCUUCAUCUGUCACAUUUUCAUUUCCAAUUUUCAGUGUGUUUGACCUUUUGAAAUUCUGUCUGAAUGUUUUUUCUAACCUCUCAGCCUAAACCUGUUUUUACAUGUUUGUGUUCAUGUGUUGUUGUAUGCCCAUAGUCGUUCACUGCCAAACAGAACUGAAUGUAAGAUGAGUUUUGUAUGGAGUGAAUAGCUGAUUAGCUCAAGUGGAAGGUAGCUCUCUCUUACAUAUAUUUUGUCUAUAAAGUGUCUGAUGACAUGCUAAUAUAUAAACCCCGAUCCCAGAGUGGUGGCCUGGUAAUGUCAGUGUGUUGUGAUAUUUGAGUGUGUUUGGACUGAAAGGGUGAGAUGAAUCCCCUGUCACAUUUUCUAUUACAUGAAGCAUUAAAACGUCCACUCAGACAUGCACUAUGAUGUGUUGCAUUUUGAUCAAGCCUGGCAUUUCAUGAAGGGGAAACAAGUUGUAGUUUGUUCUUCUCUAAAUAUAUACCUGUGCAAUAAAACUGAGAAAAUACUGAAAAAAAUGUACUGAAGGGGAAGGAAAGCCUUAGUUCUUCAUUGUUAUUUUGCUGCACUCUUCCAUGCGCUCUGUUUCUGUGAAAAGCUCUGCUCUGGAGGCCAGACGACUGCCCGUGCUGCUGAAACUCACGGCAACAAUAAAAGAACCUGACCUCUGA